AUGUCUGCACUUCGAAAGAAAUUUGGGGACGAUUAUCAGGUAGUGACCACCUCGUCGAGCGGCUCUGGGUUCAACCAGCCGACCGCGGAGAAGAAGAAGAAGAGGCAGCGCUUCGUGGACAAGAACGGACGAUGUAACGUCCAGCACGGAAACCUGGGGGGCGAAACGAGCAGAUACCUCUCGGACUUAUUCACCACCCUUGUAGAUCUUAAAUGGCGCUGGAAUUUGUUCAUUUUCAUCCUUACUUACACGGUGGCGUGGCUCUUCAUGGCUUCGAUGUGGUGGGUCAUCGCCUACAUAAGAGGAGAUCUCAACAGAGCCCACGAUGACAAGUAUACGCCAUGCGUGGCCAAUGUGUAUAACUUUCCAUCGGCGUUUUUGUUCUUUAUUGAGACAGAGGCUACUAUAGGCUACGGCUACAGGUAUAUUACGGACAAAUGUCCAGAGGGAAUCAUUUUGUUCCUUUUCCAGUCAAUUCUCGGAUCAAUCGUAGAUGCCUUUUUAAUUGGCUGCAUGUUCAUAAAAAUGUCGCAGCCCAAGAAAAGGGCAGAGACUUUGAUGUUUAGUGAACAUGCAGCUAUUUCCAUGCGAGAUGGGAAACUAACUCUGAUGUUUCGAGUCGGCAACCUGCGCAAUAGCCAUAUGGUCUCUGCGCAAAUUCGCUGCAAACUGCUGAAAUCCCGCCAGACGCCCGAAGGCGAGUUCCUGCCGCUGGACCAGCUGGAGCUGGACGUGGGCUUCAGCACCGGCGCCGACCAGCUGUUUCUGGUGUCACCGCUGACCAUCUGUCACGUGAUCGACAGCCGAAGCCCCUUCUACGAGCUGUCCCAGCGCUCCAUGCAGACCGAGCAGUUCGAGAUCGUCGUCAUCUUAGAGGGGAUCGUGGAGACCACAGGCAUGACUUGCCAGGCACGGACGUCCUACACCGAAGAUGAGGUUCUAUGGGGUCACCGCUUCUUCCCGGUCAUUUCUCUAGAGGAAGGCUUCUUCAAGGUGGACUACUCCCAGUUUCACGCCACGUUUGAGGUCCCGACGCCUCCAUACAGCGUGAAGGAGCAGGAAGAGGCCCUGCUCCUCUCCUCCCCGCUCACGGCACCCUCCCUGAGCAAUAGCGGGGACCGGGACGCCUCGCUGGACGGCUUGGAGUCGCUGGGGGACGUGGCGGUGGAGAGCACCACCAAGCUGCCCUCCAAGCUGCAGAAGAUGACAGGUCGUGACGGGCUGCCGCGCAAACUCCUGCGCAUGAGCUCCACGGCCUCAGAGAUGACCUACAGCCUGGGCGAGCUGCCUGUCAAGCUCCAGCGUAUCAGCUCCGUGCCCGGCGUCUUGGAGGAGAGGCAGGGCGGCAAGGCGGGUCGCGUCAGCGUCGAGCCCAUCAGCCAGUCCGUGGCGGACCUGCCCCCCAAGCUGCAGAAGCUGGCCGGCAGCGGGGGAGGGGUGGGGGCCGUGGCAGUCGGGGGACGCAUGGACGGACACCUGCCCCCAAAACUCAGGAAAAUGAAUUCGGACCGGUUUACGUAGAGAACCCAAAUCCCACAGUGCCCCUUCCAAUGACUUUGCAAUUUGCUAACAACUACAUUCUUAUAUUUAAGAACACUGAAUAUAUAAAUAUAUGAAAUAUGUACACAUAUACUCUAUAUAAAGUAGGGUAAUGGAUUUUAGUACUACAUGCACUUCUGGGUGUAAGUACACACAGCUUUGAUAAGAGACCUCAGACCUCAACUUUCAGGUUGUUGUAUGAUAGCUACGGAGAAGCAGCAUGUAUUUCACUAAGUGCAUGUAAUGCCGCAUUUCUUUGUCUGUUUUUUUCUGGCAUGGCAUUUAACU